AAAUAUAUUUUAUAAACGCAGUUCUACUCAAACUUUUCAAUAGCUUAUUGAAAUGAAGAAAAAGUUAUUUUUCCCGAUUUUGGGAAAUUUUCUUACUGUUUGCGUGUCGUUACAAAGCAAUAAUAUAUCGACACAAACUUUGCAAGAUGAAAGAAUCUCGGUUCUUGAAAGAAGUCUACAAAAAUAUGACAAUAUGUUGCAUAAUCUGUGUGAAGAUUAUAAAAAAGAGCCAGUGAUGUUCUAUGCUAUAAUAAAGAACCGGAGAUUCGAUCUACAAAAAGAUUCCACUGUGGUUUUCGAGGACGUUGUCAUUAACAAAGGUCAUCAUUACAAUCAAAACAGUGGAAUUUUUGUAGCUCCAAAAAGUGGUAUUUACCUUUUCUCCUGGACCGUCUCAACAGAAACAACAGGUUAUAUAAUAGCUGAACUGGUUAUAGAGAACAAUGUAAUAUCUUCAACCGGAAAUACAGAUACAAAUGGCGGAUAUCAAUCAGCGUCUAUGACAGCUUUGGGUAGAAUGGAAAAGAAUGACCACGCUUUCAUAAGAACGACAAGUUUUGGGACUGCUAACAGUUUUAGAAGUCAAGACAAUUACCCACAAUCUUCCUUUCUAGGAGUUCUGAUCAGUAACGAAUUGUAGAGCUUCGUUUUCAACACAUUGUUUUUCUAAUUACUGAUUUGUUAUUGUUCAUAGUAUGAUUUACAAAUUAUUACAUCGAUAUAUACGAAUGAAUUACCCAUACGUAAAU